AUUUAAAAACAAAUUCCCGAAAUUCACAAACUAUUUAUAGUGGUUGGAUGACAAUGCAAGCUCAUUUUAAUUAUUCACUACCAUCACAAAAUGAAAAAUAUUGUCAUGUUACUGAAGUUAUAGAAAAAUAUAUGCAA